CUGAGAUUGAAUGAGAUCGAAAUUCCCCUCCCUCUCUUCUAAUGGCCACUUCUGCUGCAUUUUCGUCUCUGAAACUCACAGUUUUCUUCUCCUUAGUUUUCGUUGCUGCUUUGGGAAGCUCAUCGAGUUUCGAUGAGCUAUUUGAGCCGAGCUGGGCCUUGGAUCAUGUGAUGUACGAAGGAGAACUGCUGAAGCUCAAGCUCGAUAACUUCUCUGGUGCUGGAUUUGGUUCUAAAAGCAAGUAUAUGUUUGGGAAAACCACAGUCCAGAUCAAGCUCGUUGGAGGAGACUCUGCUGGAACUGUGACUGCCUUCUAUAUGUCAUCGGACGGUCCAAAUCACAACGAGUUCGACUUCGAGUUCCUCGGGAACACGACCGGGGAGCCUUAUCUGGUGCAGACGAACAUCUACGUUAAUGGCGUCGGCAACAGAGAGCAGCGAUUGAAUCUGUGGUUCGAUCCAACUACCGAUUUCCACUCCUACUCUAUCCUCUGGAACCAGCGACAAGUCGUUUUCCUUGUGGACGAGACGCCGAUUCGCGUCUACACGAACAAAGAGAAGCAAGGGGUGCCCUUCCCGAAAGACCAGCCCAUGGGCGUCUACAGCUCAAUCUGGAACGCAGACGACUGGGCCACACAGGGCGGGCGCGUGAAGACCGACUGGAGCCAUGCGCCUUUCAUCGCAUCCUACAAGGGUUUCGAGAUCGACUCCUGCGAAGCCCUUACAUCAUCUCCCCCCGGAGAGAACACGAGGCGGUGCAGCAGCAUCGAGGGCCGCAAGUAUUGGUGGGACGAGCCCAUGAUGUCGGAGCUGAGCGUGCAUCAGAGCCAUCAGCUAAUGUGGGUCCACGCCAAACACCUUGUGUACGAUUACUGUGCUGACUCUGCUAGGUUUCCUGCCGUGCCUCCCGAGUGCGAGCGUCGGUGAUGUUGAUAUGAGAAACUGUCGUUUCUGUGGGGCGGAAAAAUGCAGAAGGGCUUAUGGGCUUUAUGGUCACACACAUUGUAAAAAAAAAAAAAAAAAAAACAUGUGCUCCAUGUUCUUUCAUUUUUUGCUUUUCUGUUUUUACGUCGACGCUGAUGUAAAAAGCCUUAGAUUGCAAUUCCGACUUUCUCUUAAAUUA